AUGGUUCUCAAGAUCGUAUUUGUGACAGGAAAUGCCAACAAGCUGAAAGAGGUGAAGAUGUUGUUGGCACCUAACACUGGCGAAGAGCCAGCAUUUGAUCUGACAAACACAGAUAUAGAUUUGGACGAACUUCAGAGCAGCAGUUUGGAGGAUAUUGCUCGCCAUAAAGUCGCCCAAGCCAUAUCGACACUACCAAAGGGCGUUGCAGUUUUUGUAGAGGACACAGCGCUUUGUUUCAAUGCAUUGAACGGACUGCCAGGCGCUUACAUCAAGUGGUUUUUGAAAAGUGUAGGCCCCGAGGGGAUAGUACGCAUGCUAGAAGGGUUUGAUAACAAAGGUGCUGAAGCGGUUACUACAGUUGCGUAUGCCGAUGCUGAGGGUCAGAUUCACAUGUUUCAGGGCAGAACCCAGGGAAAGAUUGUGUCUCCUCGCGGAUCCCGAGACUUUGGGUGGGAUUGCUGUUUCGAGCCAACUGAGGGCGGUGGAAGCACGUACGCAGAGAUGGCAAAAAGUGACAAGAAUAAGAUCUCGCAAAGGUCUAAAGCUUUUGCUCUCUUGAAGCAGUACUUGAACGGCCUUCAAGCGAACUAA